AUGUACGCCGUAUCGCAGGUUAGAAGCCGUUCUAGCGGCCACCUCCCCGUCGCUACCGCCGACUUCAUUGGAUCAUCAUUGAGCGUGGAGCACGCAACUACCGCCCACGCGGGAUCGUCACCGCUCCAGGUCUCACUUUCUCCAUCGACAUCAGAUUCCCACCCCUCGUGGGAUAGAUUCAAAUGGUAUUCGAGACCGGCGGCCGGGAAAAGCAGCCAUUUGUCGCGCUUAGCUUACAUUACCCCAAUGCCGCAUAACCCUGCUCUAGAUAGGUGGGGAGUUAUUCGUACAGCCGGCAAAAAGCAAAUGAGCCAUCGUCGUCAUCUGAAUAUCAUCCCGCGUCUCUCCCAUCGACCGAUUCGAUAUUCAACCAGUCGCCAAAUCACCAACCCGUCCUCCACUGACUCAGCACUCAGCACAGCCAAAUUCCCAUGGGCAAUGCGUACCGUAUCCCAUCAUCUCAUCUCGGCUCCCCUGAAGCCAACAGACGCUCCCCCCUCCCCCAUCCCGGGCCACCCCCGAUUCAUGCACCAAGCGUGUCCGGCGUCUAAAGAUGUUGGUGCAGCGGCAGUUCCGCACCGCGCCUACGGAAACCAUUCAAAAUCCACAGGCUGA